AUGAUCAUAUUUUUAUUAUCAUAUAGUAUUUAUAUACUUUUAUUAUUUCAACAACAUAUUAUUAAUGCAUGUCCAUCUGUAUGCUUAUGCCAUGGACCUAAUGUUGAUUGUAGCAAUCGAAGUUUACAUAUAAUACCAUCUGGAAUACCAAAAAAUAUAUUUAAACUAGAUUUACAAUUGAACAAUUUAUCAAUUAUUCGAAAAGAUGAUUUUAAAGCAUUUCGUCAACUACGUAUAUUAAAUCUUCAAGAUAAUCAAAUACAUACAAUUGAUAUUGAUGCAUUUCGAGAUUUAAUAUCAUUACAAAAAUUACGUCUUAAUGGCAAUAAACUAAAUCAUGUUACAGAUGGUACAUUGAUCACACUUAAACAACUUCAACGAUUAGAUCUUAGUUCUAAUCGUUUACGAAUUAUUAAAAAAGGUAUGUUACAAGGUCUACAAGAAAUAAAUAAUUUACAAUUAGAUCAUAAUGAGAUUUCAUGUAUUGAUCCAGAAGCUAUUAAUGGACUUAAACGAUUAGAAAUUAUUACAUUGAAUUCUAAUAAUUUAACAACUCUACCUAUUUUACCAUUUGAACAAUUAAUUGACUUAAGAGUUUUACGAUUACAUGAUAAUCAUUUUAUAUGUGAUUGUCGUUUACUUUGGCUUGCAAAAUAUCUUAAAGUUCAUCCAUUUCUUGGUCUUAAUACUCAAUGUCAAGAUAUAAAUACAUUUAAUUUUAAAGAUAUAAUAUCACUAAUUGAUGAUACAAAACAAUGUAAUCAUAUGGAUACUGAUGAUAUUGAAUAUAUAUGUAAUGUAUUUAUAUGUCCAUAUCCAUGUGUAUGUUUUAAUGGUGUUGUUGAUUGUAAAGAUAAAGAUCUUAUAGAAAUUCCGAGAAAUAUUCCAGAUACAACAAUUGAAUUACGUUUGGAAAAAAAUCGAAUUAUAGAAAUACCACCAAAAGUAUUUAUUCAUUUAAAAAAACUUCGUCGUUUAGAUUUAAGUAAUAAUUUCAUUUCAACAAUCUAUCCAGAUUCAUUUACUGGUCUUAAAUCACUCAAUUCACUCAUACUUUCAAACAAUCUGCUUGUGCAUUUACCAUUCGAUUUAUUUAAUCAUGAAUUCAUACAUUUACAACUCUUAUUAUUAAAUGCAAAUAAAAUUGUCUGUAUACGUGUUGAUACAUUUCGUGGAUUAGAAAAAUUAAGUUUAUUAUCAUUAUAUGAUAAUCAAUUAAAAACUUUAAUUAAUGGAACAUUUAGUUCAUUGAAAAGUAUUCAAACAUUACAUUUAGCUCGUAAUCCAUUUCUAUGUGAUUGUCAUCUUCGAUGGUUAAAUGUAUAUUUACGUAAAAACAAAAUUGAAACAAGUGGUGUUCGUUGUGCCGGACCACGACGUAUGGCAAAACAAAAAUUUGGUAUUUUAAAAGAUCAAAGAUUUCGAUGUCAAAAUCGAAUGAAAUAUUUACAAACACUAAAUACUGUUCAAUGUGAAAUCGAAUGUCCUAAAGGAUGUACAUGUGAUAGAACAACAGUAAUAUGUCGGGGAUUACAAUUACAAGAAAUUCCUAAUGAUAUACCAACAUUUACUACUACACUGGAUCUUCAAGAUAAUUCAAUCAAACGAAUAUCACGUGAUAGUAAUUUACAACGAUUAAAAAAUCUUCGUAUACUUGAUUUACGAAAUAAUCAAAUGGAAGAAAUUGAUGAUGAUACUUUUGAUGGAUUUGAUUUACUUAAUCAAUUAUUUUUAAAUAAUAAUAGUCUUCAUACAAUAACAUCACAAACAUUUAAUGGUUUAAAAAAUCUUCAAAUAUUAAAUUUAGAUGCAAAUAAAUUAACAUGUAUUAAAAAUGAUACUUUUAUAAAUAUGAAUAAACUUGAAUUAUUAUCAUUAAGUCAUAAUUCUAUUAAAUAUAUUCCAUCAUUAUCAUUUGAUCGACUUCGAUUUUUAUCUGAUUUAAAUCUUCAAUCCAAUCCAUUGAUAUGUAAUUGUCAUAUAAAAUGGUUAAAACAAAGUAAAAUCAUUACUGGUGAUCCUGAAUGUAUGUCACCAACAAAACUACGAAAUAUUCCGAUUAUCAAUGUUACUGAUGAAGAUUUCAUAUGUAAUCCUACUGAAAUUAAUGUAUGUGAUACAUCUUAUUCAAAUUCGUGUCCACAAAAUUGUACAUGUUAUAAUCGUAUUGUACGAUGUUCACAUACUCAAUUAAUUCGUAUACCAUAUGAAGAAAUAUCAAUAGAUACUGAAGAACUUUAUUUAGAUUCAAAUAAUAUUGAAGAAAUAUCAUUUGAAUUAAUUAAUCGUUUUAUUUAUCUUUUAAGAAUUGAUUUAAGUUAUAAUAGAUUACGUUUUAUACCAGGAUAUUUAUUUUCAAAUUUAACACGACUUGAAACAUUAAUAUUAUCCUAUAAUAAAAUUCAAUGUUUGGAUUCAAAUUCAUUUAAAGGAUUAAAAAAUUUAAGAAUUUUAUCAAUGCAUGGAAAUGAAAUUUCAACAAUAUCAGAAGGAACAUUUAAUGAUUUACCAAUUUUAUCGCAUAUUGCACUUGGUAGUAAUCCAUUUUAUUGUGAUUGUCAUCUUGCUUGGCUAUCAUCAUGGAUUAAAGCAGAUUAUGUUGAACCUGGUAUUGCUCGAUGUGCUGCUCCACCUCAAAUGACAAAUAAACUUCUUCUUACAUCUCCGGUAUCAUUCUUUCAAUGUUACAAUAAAACUGAAUCAAAUAAUUAUCAACAAAAAUGUAAUCCUUGUUUAAAUCGUACUAAUCUUUGUUCUAAUCAUGGUACAUGUCGUUUAUUAUCGAUUGGAAAAUCUAUUUGUGAUUGUUUACCAUCAUAUCAUGGUAAAUAUUGUGAAAAAAUUAAUGAUGCUUGUUUUUUUAAACCAUGUCAACAACAAGGAACAUGUCAUAUACUUACGAAUGGUCGUUUUCAAUGUCAUUGUUCAUCAGGUUUUACAGGUUCUCAAUGUGAAAUAAAUAUAAAUGAUUGUAUUUCAAAUCAUUGUCAAAAUAAUGCAACAUGUAUUGAUGAAAUUAAUGAUUAUUCAUGUUCAUGUUCACCGUUAUUUACUGGAAAAUAUUGUGAAAUAAAAUUUCAACAUAAAUCAUCUGUAUUUAAAACUAAUCAAAAUAAAAUUUUAUCAAAACGAUGUACAUCUGAAAUUUGCUCAAAUAAUGGCGUUUGUUAUGAAGAUUCAUUAAAUAUUAUUCGAUGUCAUUGUUUUUCGGGUUUUAUUGGUGAUAAUUGUAUGAUAUUAAAAAGUAUACAUUCAAAUACAAAUAAUUCUUAUAUAAAAUUAUCUAAACCAAAUAUAUAUCCAUAUUUAAAUAUUACAAUUAUUUUUAGUACAAUACAAAAUAAUGGUAUACUUAUUUAUUUUGGAUAUAUAGGACAUAUUGUUGUAGAAUUAUUUAUGGGACGAAUACGUGUUAGUUAUGAUAUUGGAAAUUCACCUGGUUCAGUUAUAUUUAGUUAUGAUACAGUAAAUGAUGGAAAAAUUCAUGAAUUACAAUUGAUUAGUAUUGGUCAAAAUUUAACUUUAAUUAUUGAUAGAGAUUAUAAAAGAUUUAUUAAUAAUCAUGGUAUUCGUGUUUAUAUGAAUACAAGUGAAAUACAUGCAUUGUAUAUUAGUGGUUUACCAAAUGAAUUAACUGGUAGAGCUCUUCAAUUAUGGCAUAUUCGUGAAGCAAUAUCAUUUCAAGGUUGUAUUCAUACACUUUAUAUAAAUAAUGAACUAAUCAAUUUUGCUAAUGUUGAUUAUCGUCAUAAAAUCUUACCCGGUUGUGAAAUCAAUGAACAAAAUCCAUCAUCAUGUACUAAAACAACUUGUCAACAUGGUCAAUGUCAACUUGAUGGUUCAACUUAUAAAUGUAAAUGUUUUAAUGGAUUUACUGGACAAACAUGUAACGAAACAAUAAUAUCAUCAAUAUCAUCAUCAUUGAUAGAUUCAUGUAAUUUGAAUAUUCAAACAGGAUAUUAUAUUGAUCCAUUAACUAAAUGUCGAAGUACUCGACGUUUACGUAUGACAAAAUGUUUUGGUAGAUGUCCAUCUGUAUUUAAUAAUGAAACAUUAUCAUCAUGUUGUAAACCAAUCGAAGUUAAACGUCGAUAUUUUCGUAUGACAUGUACGAGUGGUUCUACUUAUAGACAAUCAUUAGAAUUUUUUAAAGAAUGUACAUGUUUGAAUAGUGUUUGUUAA